AUGGCAGUUCUCGUGUCGAGCGAUGUGCUGCGCUCCCUAUGGAAGCAAAGUAAGGUCCCGUCGCUGGAUGGCAUACGCGCGAUCAGCUGUGUUUGGGUGAGCUUCUCCCAUGCGUUCUUCCUCUGGCAAAUGUCGGCCAUGUCAGUUCCAGGGACAUUCCAGCUAUUCUUCACGUCGUGGUGGCCAGUAGCAGUGCCGAUGAACGGAGAUCUGGGAGUGGAUUUCUUCCUUUUACUUUCAGGUUACCUCAUUGGCAGCUCUGUUUUCGAGGAAAUCAGGCAAGAUGCAUCCUUCAACUGGGUCCCAUUCCUGAUUCGCAGAGUUUUCCGCAUCGCGCCCGUGUUCUACAUGGCAGUCUUUCUGGCGAUUGCUACUCAAGGAUUUGCAGCCUGUCGGCUGGCCUUCUGGAAGAAGCUGAUGUUCAUCGAGAACAUGACUGUCAACCUACAGGAGGAAGGGCAAUGUGCCCCACAAUCUUGGAGUGUUGGCCUUGAGAUGCAGCUUUACUUGGUGACUCCGCUACUCAUGAUGCUUGCACUUCGCCUACGGAGGCAGUGCGAGUUUGCGUGGGUGGUUAUCGGUAUCUGCGGUUGCGUGUGGGUCGCAUGCUGUGUAGCUCGACAUUCUGCGCUGCUUGCAGUGGUUGCCAUGAACGGAAGCGUGUGGUACACAGGGACGCAGUAUCGAUGUGCCCCGUAUGUCAUCGGAGUGGCAGUAUCUGUGCUCUGCCAUGGGACAUCAUCCCGCGAAAGCACUCCACUUCUGUCCUUACCGGGUGUUUUCCAGAGGAUGUUCGCUCUGGCGUCUUGGGCCUUUCUUGCGGAUUGCGCCUACUUUGGAGGUGGUGGACCUUUGCUGGGCUUCGAGAGCCCCAUGCCGAGGUGGCCCUUCGGCCGUCAAGCUGCAAAGCUGCACUUCGUGCUGGGACGGCCGCUCGUCGGUGCUGCCGCCGGGUACCUUCUGUGGAGGAGUCUCAGUGGCCAUGAGCCGUGCUUGAACAAGGUGCUUUCUUGGCCAGUCUGGCGCCCCCUUGCGCGCCUAAGCUACUCCGCGUACAUGUUGCAGGUUGUGAGCUUUGCUGUGGCACCCUGGCUCUUAGCCCCACUCGCCGAUGCUACGAGCAAGCCUGCAAAAACACUUGCAUCUCUCUCGCAGCCAGCUGUGGCCGGCAUCUGCUAUGCAUGGGCGGUGCUUUAUACACUCUUUGCCUUCGCUCUAGCACUGGUCAGCUACGCAGCUGUGGAAGUCCCGGGCAUUUCUUUGGGCCAGCGACUUGCCCGUAAACUCAGCCAGCCGAAGUCCGUGAUAGCAGAUUUGCAGCAGCCACUAGUGACGUAG